AUGUUUGCCCAUCUCCACCCCUCCCUCCACUCCUCAAUUCCCCUCUCCUUCCCUUCUCUUUUUCUUCUUUCCCCUGUGUUGGAAAAAUUCUCAUUGUGGUCCCUUGUACAUGUGCAUGUUCUGCAUCCUCAGUCCUGGAGCAGGUCAGGACAGCAGAACUUGUCUGGUAAACAUUUGAUGUGCACUUGUUUCCGGAAAGCUCUUUCAUCUGCGGUUCCCCCUUCCCCAGGAUCACACAGUCUUCAUUACAACCUCACGGCGCUGUCCCGGGAUGGAUCUGUGCAGUCCAGCUUUUUCGCUGGGGGACACUUGGAUGGCCAGGCCUUCCUGCACUAUGACCGUGACAGGCAGGUAGAACCCCGGGGGCUGUGGGCAGAAGAGCUGGGAGCUGAGACGUGGGACACAGAGUCCAAGGACUUGACAGAGACGUGGAAGGACCUCAGAGAGCUUCUAGCAGAAAUCCUGGCCCUGCAGGAGGAGAAAGGAGGUGUGAAUUCCCUCCAGGAGAUGGGCUGUGAAAUCCGAGAAGACAACCACGCCUGGGGCUUCAGGUUUCGCUACUAUGAUGGGGAGCUCCUCCUCUCCUGUCACCCAGAGACCCUCGGAUGUACAGCGCCCCAGUCCUUGGCUCGGAACUUGGCCAUGGAAAUGGAGAAGUCCUGGGACACAGAUGGCUUUCAAAGCAAGUAUUACCAGGCCCCCGUGCAGGGAGAGCUUUGUGGAAGACUGCGGGGCUAUCUGGAAUCCUGGACAGGCUUCAGGGAGAGAACAGACCUCUCGCACUGCUGCUGGGUCCCGAAAGGAAACCGAAGGCAGCCUGCGCGGAUGCUUGCCUAACCCGAGGCGCGGCCCCGCUGCACCCUCAGAAGAUCAACCAACCCCUAAUUCUGG